AUGGACCUCCCCUUCACCACCCUCGACGUCUUCACCACGACGCGUCUGCUGGGCAACCCCCUCGCCGUCGUCACAGUCCCCUCCGCGCUGCGCCGGCGGCUCACGCACGCCGCGAAGCAGAAGAUCGCGCAGGAGUUCAACCUGUCAGAAACGGUGUUCCUGCACGAGGGCAGCGGGGAUUGCGAAGACGAGAAUGAGGGUGAUGAGAGCCGCGAGAUCGACAUCUUCACCGUCGAGCGCGAGAUCCCCUUUGCGGGCCACCCGACUAUCGGCACCGCCGUGUACGUGCGGUACCACCAGCACCAGCAGCCGCAGGCAAGUGCAAGCGCAAAGGAUAAGGCGGCAGUGAAGACGCUGAUCACCAAAGCCGGCCCCAUCACCCUCGAGCCCCUCACUCAUCCCAUCAGCACCAGCACCCAAGCGCGCGGAAUCCGCGCCCGCAUCCCGCACGCCGUGCACCUCCACGCCAAGACCCUCCGCGACGUCCUCCCGUCGUCGCCCGAGGACCACCCGGGCCUCUCCCCGCACGCCGCAAUCCGCGCCGCCGAGCUCCGCGCGCCCGUCUUCAGCAUCGUCAACGGCAUGACGUUCGUACUGGUACAGCUACCAAACCUGUGCGUGCUGGCUGAGGUCCGGACGUCGCGGCUGGAUUUCGAGACGUUGCCUGUGCCGCUGCUGGAUGAGGGAUGGAGGGACAGUCUCGUCUGUCGGUAUUACUACGUCGAUGUGGAUGGGGAUGGUGAUGGUGAUGGUGAGGCGGGUGGGCGUGAGGAGAUGGGAGAAUCAGAGGAGGGCGUGAGGUAUCUGCGCACGCGCAUGGAGGAGCUCGGGUUCGAGGACCCGGCUACGGGCAGUGCCGCCACGGCUCUGGGGGCGUAUUUGACGCUUACGGAGGAGAAAAGGGGGAGGCGGUUCCAGAUGACGCAGGGGGUCGAGAUUGGCAGACGGAGUGUCAUCAGCGUCGAAACGACGACGACGACGGUAGAAAACGCUGACGGGGAAGGGGUGAAGUUGGGUGAUGUCUGGCUUGGUGGUACGGCUGUGGUGGUCAUGCAGGGGAGCUUGAGAGUUGAUGUGUAA